AUGAACGGCUUCCCGUCAAGUACGCCGCCCGCGGGCGGGUCCGGCGCGGGCGCGAUGAUGCCGGGCGGCGCGUCGCAGGAUCCCAACGUCAGAGCUGUUCAAGCCGCGAUGGAGUCGUGCCUGGGCAAGUCGGUCAUGUCGGGCGUCAUGGGCUUUGGCAUGGGCGGUCUGUUUGGCAUGUUCAUGGCCUCUAUGUCCUACGACACCCCCUUCGGCAGCCCCGUCACCAACUCGGCCGGGCAGAACCUCUCGUCGAUGCCGCUCCGCCAGCAGCUCAAGAUGGGCUUCAAGGACAUGGGCACGCGCUCCUACUCCAUGGCCAAGAACUUCGGCAAGGUCGGCGCGCUCUUCUCGGGCAUCGAGUGCGGCAUCGAGGGCCUGCGCGCCAAGAACGACCUCGCCAACGGCGUCGCCGCCGGCUGCCUCACGGGCGCCAUCCUCGCCAAGAACACGGGUCCCACGGGCAUGGCCGGCGGGUGCGCCGCCUUUGCCGCCUUUAGCGCCGCCAUCGACGCCUGGAUGAGGCAGCCCAAGGAAGACUAA